GACACGCGAUCACCAAUCGAACGAUUUCGAACGCCUCCCAAGAAACCCCUCUCCGUUACCGACAUCAUAUCACCCGCAUGGUGCGAAUUACAGUACUGGUACAGCUUGACCAAGUAUGGAAGAGUCCGUCGAACCGCUGCCAUGAAACAAGGCUCCUCAGUACAUAAGGUACUAGAAGAACAGGCUGCUACUACUGUCACGGUCGAGGUUGAAACAAAAGAAGACGCCUUUGGUCUACGAAUCUGGAACAGUAUACAAAACCUACGCACACUGAGAACAACCGGUCAGGCUCGCGAAUUUGAAACCUGGGCCGUUAUCGAAGGUCAAGUUGUCAAUGGAAUCAUUGACGAGCUGAGUUACGAAUGUCCUGAUGAGGAUCUGGAAGCAAAUUUGGCUCAGCAGAAGGAGACAAAACCCAAGAGAGGAAGGUCGAAGAAACAGAAAGUCACUUCUGAGGACCAAACCAGUUUGGACACAUUCUUUAGUGGCUCUCAAACAGCCGAAAGCAAGGAUAGUGUCUGGCUAGGGAAUUCUCAUGUCAAUCGCAGGGUCUACAUCAAGGACGUCAAAACUCGGGGAUCGAAGAACAUGCCCAAAGGCGAGGCGUCCUUUCGACCAACUUCGAUGCAGCUAAUGAUGUAUCAUCGCAUGCUAACUCUACUUGCAUCGAACUCAGUACCGGCUGAGCAAGUUUUUGCUCGUUACGGCCUCGAUAGUAGCGUUGCUUGCAGCGAUAUGUUUGUUGCUCAGCUAGGCAGUAUCGACUCCGAUCACCAAAUCGAGGCAGCUGAACAAGCAGAGAUGCCCAUACAUGACACGAUCGAUGAGUUGCUUGCACACAACAGCCUCGAGAAAUUAUGGGCAUUGAUGAUAUCAGAAUUUCAGCUGGCUAUGCCAUUUUCCAACAAGCCGUCGACGCCAUCGCCUAUCGGUGAUGUCCUGAUGGCCGAGUACAGAGCAUCUGGCAGCGGUUCUGUUAUAGGAUCAAAGACCUUUGCCUACGAUCCCGAUGUAUUAGACGCCUACGUGAAGCAAACAAUGGCUUGGUGGAACGGCGAACGGAUGCCAAAAGGCGUCGAGAUCGAAGAGGCUUUCAAGUGUCGGAUGUGUGAGUUCGCUGAAGUAUGCGGCUGGCGCAAAAACAAGGUUGAGGAAGGCGUUCGCAAAGCCAGACUUCGGAAUCAAGGCAAGAAGAAAAGCGACGUUUGA